GGCCGGGCCCCGCGCGCUCCAUGGCGGCCGCCACCGGCCCCGACGAGGCGGACGAGGCGGUGCGGGGCACCUGCGAGGACGCGUCCGUCUGCAAACGGUUUGCUGUGAGCAUUGGCUACUGGAAGGACCCUUACAUCCAGCAUUUUGUGAGACAAGCCAAAGAGAGGAAGGCACCUGAGAUCAACAGAGGUUAUUAUGCUCGAGUGCACGGGGUCAGUUACCUGAUCAAGGCUUUCCUGCAGAAGACACAAUGCAACUCUCAGAUUGUCAACCUCGGGGCUGGCAUGGACACCCUGUUCUGGAGGCUGAAGGAUGAAAAUCUCCUCCCUAGGAAAUAUUUUGAAGUGGAUUUCCCAAUGAUCGUUGCAAGAAAAAUACACAAUAUCAAAUCAAAACCUCCCCUGUCAAAACCAAUUAUGGAAUCCCAUUCAGGGGACUCUCUUCUAAUAGAUUCCCACAGCCUGGACUCCAGUCGGUAUUCCAUAGUAGGGGCAGACCUCCGUUCCUCCUCAGAUCUGGAGGAGAAGCUGAGGAAACACAGCUUGGACACACAUUUGCCAACGCUGCUGGUGGCCGAGUGUGUGCUGGUUUACAUGACCCCCCAGCAGUCUGCCAGCCUGCUCAAGUGGGCAGCAAGCACCUUCCCCGUGGCCAUGGUUAUCAAUUAUGAGCAGGUGAACAUGAGGGAUCGCUUCGGGCAGAUCAUGAUCGAGAACCUGCAGCGCCGGCACUGCACCCUGGCUGGGGUGGAGCUCUGCAGCUCCCUGGACUCCCAGAGGGAACGGCUGCUGGGGAGUGGCUGGGACAACGCCCAUGCCGUGGAUAUGAUGAAGGUGUACAGCUUCCUGCCACAGGCUGAUGUCAGAAGAAUAGAAGCCCUUGAAUUCCUGGAUGAAAAGGAGCUGUUUGAGCAGCUGAUGCAGCACUACUGCAUCUGCUGGGCUUCCAAGGACAGCAGCAACCUGGGUCUGGCAAACAUUGACUUCUGAGGGCAGCAGGGAGGGAGCCCUGGGAGCCCAGGGCUCAGGAUGGACAUGCACAGGAUGGGUUUGCACGUGCCAGCCCCGGGCUGAGCCUGGGACACUCCUGGUGCUGCUGCUGGGGACGGGCUGGAGCUCUGGGUGCAUCCGAGGAACACUGAACAUUGAACAUUGCAUCCAAGG